CCCAGAUGGCAUAUUCGAGAUGUCUUCGAGCGUGGUCCUACGCCACUGUGCAUACAGUCGUGGUACAGACGUAGAUACGUACGAGAACGCCGGGCAUCCGGUGCGCGAGGGGUCGAUCGAUCUCUCUUUCGUCGUUGCGCGGCCACGCCGCUUCGAGAUACCUACGCUAUCGGUGCUGGGAGUACGAGGUGGUGGUGGUGGUGGUGGUGGUGGUAGCGGCGAUGGUCGAAGGUAUCGGCGGUGGUCGUGUCGGUGGAUAACCAGGAGGCGUGGCCAGGAUGGAAUCGCCCCCGCCCUUUGUCGCGGUUUCCUACGUAUCCCGGUUCCGCGGGUUAGGUCUGGGUUAGGUCUGGGAUAGGAGCCGUCACGUGACGCGGUGCCUCGUUCCCUCGCGAGCCGGGACGACCGCCUCGACGGUCGAGGGGGCUGGAAGAGGUAACGCCCAGCAGGGGCGCGCGCACUGUUCCUCUUUGUCGGACUCCUCGGUUCGGUUUGGUGUCGUCUCGUUAUCGGGACGUUGUGAACGGCCAGGUCGGAGCGCCGUUGCUGCGUUAGCUUGGUGGGGCGAGCGGUUCGCGUGGGAGGAGGAGUAGCGGCCCAGUGGAGUCCGGGAAGUCGAGCAGCGCAGACGCUUUCGUUCUGCGCCGCGCCGAUCCUAGCCGUAGCGUUUUCGAGCAGCGUCCUGUCCGCACCAACGUCUCGCCGAUCGAGACUCCUUUACGCGACGAUCGUUCGAUUAUUCGUGGCGACGUGUGGUCGCGGGUCGCCGAAUAAUACAGUUUUUAUUACUCGUACCGCAUCGCAAAAAGGUCUUCUAAAUCCCGAUUCGAAGUUGUACUCGUCGCGCGGUCCCAACGAUCACGGAGGAAAGUCGAUGGGAAUCGGAGGUGCCCGCCGCUUGUCGUCGACUCGUCGACGUAAGACUGACCGCGAAAGGGGAUCGUAUCGCGUCCGGUCGCGAGUGACGGUGGUGAUAUCGCGUACUCUCGGAACGAAGUGAUAAACGUUCGGAAACGGAGCAAGACGUUGAACGUCGGACAGAAGAGGUCGGGCGAACGCCGGAGAAACAAGCCGGAAACAUUGAAAUCAAAGUGUCGUCGCGCGAGAAGGGAUGCCUACGAAGGGGGAAAGGGGUAAAGCGACAGACUUCAGCAUCGCGGCCAUCAUGGCGCCCAGGGGUCCGUCCUUCGGGCAUUACCACCUGCAGGGCAUUGGCAACACUGCUGCUACUGCUAAUACCAACUUGGAAUGUCCAACUGCCAGAGAAUUCGUCGCCAACUCUGCUCUCGAUCACCGGUCGAGGACGUCGCCGGUGAACAUCGUGGCGACGGCGACCGUGGUGACGGACGAGGCUCUGCUGGCCGACGACGAGGUGGAAAAUUGCGAAGGGGAGAGCGAGGGAACGGACAAGUCCGGUAACGAGGAGGACGAAGAGGUGGACGUGGACGUCGAGGAGUGCAGCAGCGUCGAUGACGGCCCGAUCCACGGUCCCGACGAUCUGACCACGACAUCGUCGUCGAGGAAGUGCCAAGAUUCUCACGGCGAUCACGAACGGAAGCAUCGUCUUAGGACCAGUUGCAACUCUGACGAGCUUCGGGACGUCGAGUGUCAUCUGGAGACCAAGGAAUUGUGGGACAAGUUCAACGACCUUGGCACGGAGAUGAUCAUCACGAAGACUGGCAGGCGGAUGUUCCCUACCUGCCGCGUGUCAUUCAGCGGCUUGAAGUCGGAGGGCAGGUACGCGGUGCUGAUGGACAUCGUGCCAGUAGACAACAAGCGAUACCGGUACGCGUACCACAGAAGCUGUUGGCUGGUCGCUGGCAAAGCGGAUCCUCCGGCGCCGGCGCGGCUCUACGUGCACCCGGACUCUCCGUUCACCGGGGACCAGCUACGAAAGCAGGUGGUCUCGUUCGAGAAGGUCAAGCUGACCAACAACGACAUGGACAAGCACGGCCAGAUCGUCCUGAACUCGAUGCAUCGAUACCAACCGAGGAUACAUUUGGUCCGUUGUCGGCAGACGGACGACAACAAUCUUCACAUAACCGAUCUUCAAAAGGAGGAGCACAAGACCUUCAUAUUCCCCGAGGCGAUUUUCACCGCGGUGACCGCCUAUCAGAAUCAGUUGAUAACAAAGUUGAAGAUCGACAGCAACCCGUUCGCCAAGGGAUUUCGAGACUCGUCCAGGCUCACGGACUUCGAUCGGGACCCUAUGGAGCUGAUGGAGCAGCAACUGGUCCGAUGCGGAGUGGCGCCAGUCAGGCUGUACGAGCACCUCGCGAUGUCGUCGCCAGCCGCAGCGGCUGCGGCAGCGGCAGCCGCGGCCGCGGCUCUCGGUGCACAACAGCAGCAGCAACAGCAACAACACCACCAGCAGUCGCAGCAGCAACAAUCCCAGCACGAGAACCCGUCGCACGCGUUGCCCCCGUGGAUGACGCCGUCGACGGCCCUCCUCUACGGCACCGUCGGCCAAACGCACCCCGGAACCAGGCCUACCACCGGCUCUUCGUCCCCUUACCCUGCCGUGGCGGCCACAGCGCCCUUUCCUUACCCCGCUGCCCUACCCUGGCCCUGGCAGCCGCCACCCGUUGCCAUGAUUUCGCGGAGAUCCUCGCCUCCCACCGCCACGGGCCCUUCCUUGAGGUACACCCCGUAUCCCCCACCUGCGAGCACACCUCCACCCCUGAGGGUUCGCCCUUCCACCCCCAAUUAGCGUCCACCCUCGAAACUUCACCGUUCGUAACCUCGUCGUACCUCUUUCUUCGCGCUCGAAGCCGCGAGUAGACUCGUCGUAAGUUUCGUGUCGGUACUUCGGAGGUUUUUCUGGAAAUGCUUUGAAUUUUUCCGUCAGAACUUGCGACGAGGAAAAAAGGAAGACGCAGCCAAAGAAAAUUUCCUCGGACUCUAGGAAUCGCUCAGGGGUUCGCAGCUCCUUGCAGUAGGUGUCGUAUCGUAUCGUCUUUCUUUGAACGGGGAAUUCGGCUGGUUGGCCAACGCGCUCCGAAUUCGUCGACGAUCCUCGUCACGGCUCGGUACCGAGCGUUUCGUUCGCGUUGGAGGAGAGAAACCUCCUUCGAAAUUCUCGGCGCUCCGUCGAGCCUUACUUACGUUAGUUUUAGGGAAAUGGCCCGUACUUGUUCGCUCUGUGUCCGCGUAAUGUAACCGUAGACCCUUACGAUUCGAGACUCGGGAAAGGAGAGGGUCUCCCUCUGGAAAUCAGCGAAACUCUUUAUCCGAAUGAAAAACCUCCAACAGCGAGCCGAAAACAAAUGUUGGAUCCGGUACCCUUUUAGGAAAACUUCGAAUUGCAACGAUAACUUUGCAAUUACGUCCCCAUAAUUAUAAAAGUGGUCAAAGUCCUACAUU